UCACCAGACUAAUUAGAUACGCUAUCAGUUGUGUGGUUCAGACCCUUUCGAGAAAAGCUGCCCUCCGUUAGGUAAAGCACGCUGUUUGUUAGGAGUUGAAUCUUAUUCACUUUCACAGCGUGCAUUUUGAAGAGCGAAUCAUGCUGCCGGGGAUUCGUCUCUGCCUCGUCCUUUCGGCUUUUCUCGGCGGCAUUGCCUUCGUGUCUUCGGCAAGAGUCGGGCGCGACUCCCACAACUACCGAUACGGGGUCAUCUUCGAUGCUGGCAGCACCUCCACCAAACUGCACGUCUACAGAUGGGACCAGAACAGGCUCCCAACAAAGAUGGCGGAUCUGACGGAACUGAAGGUCACAGGAACCAGAAAGGUGAAGCCAGGUAUCAGUUCGUAUGUCACCAACCCACAGUUUGUGAAGCCUCAGCUCAUCUUACUGUUGUACAGCGCCAAAACGGUGGUGCCAGAAAAACUUCACAGCAGCACACCGGUGUACGUAAAGGCAACGGCAGGAAUGCGACUGCUCAAGCCGGCUGACACCGACGCCAUCUUCGACCAAAUCAACGACCUCUUCCUGAACACGACCUUCAACCCGUUCAAGUUCGAGCGUGGAUGGGCCAAGGUCAUCUCCGGAGAGGAGGAAGGUGUUUUUGGCUGGAUCACUGUCAACUUCCUCAAGGGCGUCUUCGAAUCGAAAAGCGACACGAAGACGUUCGGUGCCCUGGACAUGGGUGGGGCGUCCACCCAGAUCACCUUCCUCCCAACCGGACAGUUCUACGCUAACCUGUUCCCGCUGUACAUCGCGGGAAGACGGUAUGACCUCUACACCAACAGCUUCCUCAAGUUCGGACUGGACCAGUACAGGCUGCAGAUGUACCAACAUCUCUACCGGCAGACCGCUGACAAAAACGCCACCAUUGACAGUCCUUGUGACCUGCAGGGGUACAACACCUCUGUUGACAUCGGAGGCAAUAAGAUGGCAAAGAUAAAGGGUACCGGUAACCCUACACGGCAGUGCCGAGGGUUGGUGAGACAGUUGCUGGGGCUGAACGACACGUGUUACACGGAGCCGUGCAGCAUCGUGGGGGAGUACCAGCCGCCUGUGGGGGACACCGUGUUCUACGCUACGGCAGCCUACUACUACGUCUCGCAAGUAGGCGGUGGCGUGGGUGCGGUUCCCAAAAACGGUGGGUUCACGAGCGUUAACAACAUCCAAGCCAAGACCGACGACUACUGCGCACUGUCCUACGCGCAGUCCAUCAACCAAACAGGGGAGUACGGUUACACCAGGUGCGUCGCCGGGCACUACCUCGCAGCGUUGCUAGGCGACGGAUACAAGACUGACGUAAGCGCAGCCGAUAAAGUCUACAUCACUGAGGAAAUUAACGGUGUAGAGAUUGGCUGGGCUCUAGGAUCUAUGCUGUAUGAGAUGUACCUACUGAACAUCAACUUCGCUGUCGGAUCUGCUAGUCACGUGACUUCUACGUCACUUGCCUUCAUUUUGGCCAUCAUGUCCCGGAUGCUGAGCUUUUAAUCCAAUACAUCAAUACAACACAUGGAUACCUUUACUACUUUUAACUAACUGACUGAAUGUUUCGAAUUCUUAACGUUACAGGUGACUAGGUGGUACUUCUUAUUGGUUUUAACAACUUUUAAUGCUUUUGUACUUGUUAUAGUACAACUUGAUGUAAUGAUGAAU